AAGUCGGGCCGAAGGAAAAUGGGUGUUUGGUGUAAAUCGGGGGUGUAAUGCUGCCAUAUAUCACGCUAUCUCGUAAAACCGACACUGAAGAGUCUCGGCCAACAAAUCACCAGACAAAAUUAUGAGUUCGUCGUAUUAUGUGAAUGCUCUUUUUCCCAAAUAUACGGCGGGGACAUCCGUUUUCCAGAACACGAGUGGCUUUACAGAAGCAACUUCUUGCGCUUUUGCAGCGAACUCACAAAGAUCGAGCUAUGGAGCGAGCGCGAGCGCCUUCCCAACCCCGAUGGCCGGGCUGUACAAUGUUAACAGUGCAAUCUAUCACGGCCCUUCCAUGUACAACACAGGUUAUAACCUAAAUUCAGAUUCCUACAACCUGCGCUGCUCUGCUUUAGACCAGAACAUUCCAGUACUUUGCAGCGAUCUGAGCAAACAGGGUUGCGAAAAAUUGGAUCAGACAAACGUGCAUCCUCAAGCAGAGAGCAAUUUCCGGAUUUACCCCUGGAUGAGGAAUGCAGGGCCGGACAGAAAGCGAGGACGGCAGACCUACACCCGCUAUCAAACCCUGGAACUGGAGAAAGAAUUUCACUUUAACCGCUAUCUGACUCGCAGGCGACGGAUCGAAAUUGCUCACGCCCUGUGCCUCACUGAGAGGCAGAUCAAAAUCUGGUUCCAGAACAGGAGGAUGAAAUGGAAAAAGGAAACCAAAGCUGGGAGCUCUAGCACCACAACCGAGGAAAAACAGGAAUGAAACGUCCAGCUGCAGCUUGAACUGUGCGAAUGUACAAAGCUGUUUCCCAACAGCUAACAAUGACAUUUAACUACCUAGCCACAAUCGUGGACUAUUAGAAAGAUGCUGUGCAUUGGCACUCAUGAUACUACCUAUAUGUUUCAAUAGUCUUCUGAAAUAAAUAAUAAAUGUACUUUCUCUGAUUUGGUUUUAAUAAAACAAAAUCCAAAAUUUUGAUCGGCAUUAGUAAAAUGGGUUCAGAAUAAGUUCUUUCGGUACUAAAGUGAAAGUCAAUGGAUUUAGACCCUUUGCCCGGUCGUCAUAUAUUUUCCCUAGCUAAUCUGAAAAUCUCUUAUUGCAAUAAAACACAGAAGGGAGCACAAUUCUGAACCUCUGCACUCUACUUAUAUAAGGGAAUGGGACUCCGACUCUGGGUCUCAGAUAGUGGAGAGAUAGGAACAAUAUGAGCCGAAAAAAAACCAAACUGUAGCCAUUGUUGUAUUUAAGUCACUUCUAAGAUAUAUCUCAUGCACUGAGCUAUUUAUCAAACUUAUUUUAUCUUCAUUAGUUUGCAUUCUAAACAUAUUUUAAAAUAUUUCUGCAUACCAUUCACAAAAUGAGAACGUUGUGACUUUAGGAGCUCAUUUCCGAUCCAAUCAGAAACCAAGUAUACGAGCCACCCUGUCAUGUAUUACAAGAACUGAUUAGAAAACUAACUCAUGAGUAAAAUAGUUUGUUUCUGCUCAAAUCCUCAUUUUUCACUAUAUUGUUUAUUGUGUUCCGAGUAUGUCUUUUAUUUCACAUAUGUACCGUCCCCACUAAGGGUAUAAAACAAUGUUUUGUUUUCACUUGGCAAUUAAAUGUAACUACCUAAACCACAAUAGUGGACAUCUUGCACGUUUAUGGAAACUACCUAAAUGUUUUAAUUUAAAAUUCGUUUCUAGACAGAGAAUGUUGUUCUGGAGUCUUGACUUUUCACCCUUCUUAUAACAGUACCAUAAUAUGAGAGUAAAAUAGUGAAAUAUAUUCCGAUAUGUGUGUAUUUUAAUGAGGUGCGUAUGUAGUCACUUUAUAACAGGAAAAUAGUGAAUACUACCUAGAUGCCCGUUUACGUUUAACGCAAAUGGAAUCCUUCCGCAAUAUGCUUCAAUACUAUGCUGUAAAAAGCAAAAUAGUUGCAUUAGGAGGCAGAAAUUGCAUUACUACUUUUUGAUGGGUGUCAUUAAAAUAUGUACUUACUAAAGAUUUCAAUAAACCUUGUAUUAUUGAAUGAUGUAAUCGUGUUUCUUUAAGUGUUGUAUCAGUUGUCUUAGACAUGUGUACUGUGUAAAUUAUAAAAAAAUCUAAUAACCAAAUGUAAUAAUAGAAAACCCGAACUGCAUCGUCAGCUGAAUAUAUUGUGGUUCCAUAUUCGGUGUGGUAUCUGUCAAUCGAAAGUUUGCUUUGUAAUCUGUGUAUGUGUUGUUCAAUAAUAACCGAUGUUAAAGGUUUAAGGUGCAAUCUAUUUAAAAUAUAUAUAUUCGUUCUCGACAUGUAUACUUUGAAUGGAAACUGUGUAAGAAAGCAAAACUCAAAAACAUUAAACGGUGCUUG